CCGUCUUGAUUCGCCUGUUGUUUGGGUCUCAAAUGGCGACUGAAACCCUAGAAGCGAAGACACCGGAAGUGAAUUCUCCGGCGAAGGAGGUUGGUGAUGCUGCUGCGAAGGAGGAGGUGGAGAUAGAGAAAGUAAAAGCGGAUUCGCCGAGAAUUGAAGAAGCGGAGGAGGAGAAGAAGGAAGAUGAAGAAGAGGGUGGAACGAAAGAAGGAGAAUUGGAGGGGAAAGAUAAAGAAGACGAUGUAGAAAGUGAGGAGGAAGAAGAAGAAGAAGGAAGUGGAAGUAAGAAAUCGUCGGAGAAGGAAGCGGUGACUCCGACUAGUGAGAGACCAACGAGGGAGAGAAAGAAAGUUGAGCGUUUCUCGUUGUCGACUCCUAUGCGGGCUACACCGAGCAAGUCCGUUUCAAUUGAAAAGGGUCGUGGAACACCUCUCAGGGAAAUUCCAAAUGUGGCUCAUAAACUAUCCAAGAGAAAAGCCGAUGACAACCUGAUGUUACUACACACCAUUCUUUAUGGAAAGAAAGCAAAGGCACAGAUGGUUAAGAGAAACAUUGGUCAAUUUUCUGGCUUUGCAUGGUCAGAGAAUGAGGAGGAGAAGCAGAGAGCACGCAUAAAAGAGAAGAUUGACAAAUGCAUAAAAGAAAAAUUGAUUGUUUUUUGUGAUGUGCUUGAUAUACCUAUAAGCAGAAGUAACAUGAAAAAAGAAGAACUUGCUGUCAAAGUGCUUGAAUUUUUGGAAUCUCCCAAGGAAACAAGAGACGUUAUAAUUGCUGAUCAAGAAAAGGCGAAAAAGCGCAAGAGUACACCAAAGAGAGGGAAAUCGGGAGAAUCUUCGGACACCCCAGCCAAGAGGAAAAGGCAAACAAAAAAGCGAGAUCAGCCAUCUGACACUGAAGAAGGCAAGGAUGAGGGAGAUGCUGAUUCUGAAGGAACUAAUGAUCCUCAUGAAGAAGAUGAUGCAGCGCCAGAGGAAGAAAGUGACCAUGAAAAGACUGACACUGAAGAUGAAAAAGACAAAGCUGAGGUUGAGAAACCAUCCAAUAAGAAAAGAUCAUCGAAAAAGAUUGUAGAGGAGAGCUCAGGGUCCAAAGGUAAGGAUAAGCAAGCUUCUGCCAAAGGUUCUGCAAAAUCUGGUGAAAAGUCCUCCAAACAACUUGCUAAGUCAACUUCAUCCCCAGCUAAGAAGCAAAAAGUUGAUCAUGUCGAGUCUUCUAAAGAGAAAAGCAAGAAACAGCCAAGUAAGCCACAGGCUAAGGCAUCUAAAGAGAAAGGUAAAGCCACUAAGAAAGGCAAAGCCAAAGCAGAGCCCACCAGAGAAGAGAUGCUUGAAGUGGUGUCCAAAAUUUUGAAGGAAGUAGACUUCAAUACGGCUACACUGUCAGAUAUUCUGCAGAAGCUAAGCGACCAUUUUGGUGUCGAACUGUCGCAUAGAAAACCAGAGGUGAAGGAUGUUAUCACAGAUGCCAUAAAUGCAAUGACUGAUGACGAAGAUGAUGAAGAAGAAGACGAAGAGGAAAAAGCCAAGGCUGGAAGUGACAAAGUGAAGGAAGAAGGAGAAGAAGAAGACGAAGAGGAAAAAGCUGAGGCUGAAAGUGACAAAGAGAAGGAAGAAGAAAAAGACGUGCAAAAGGAUUAAGGUUAGAGUUUUGUUUUUCUUCUCUCAAAAUCUGAUGUGAAGGGGAAGCAAAACUGACACAACUCUUGUGUGAAUCAGAGCAAGUGAUCAUUUUUAGGGAGUGUCGAAUCUAAACUUUGUACUAUUUACUGUGUAAUCUCUAUAGAGUCUCAUUAUGUAGUUUAAGUGUCUUUUUUUCUUUUCUUGUGUAGCUGUUACCUGUUAGGUUCUCUAAUCCUUGUUUUCUAUUUUACUAGCUUGAUUGGCACAUUUUUAUUUUCUGGGUUUAAUUUGAGACAUCUUCGUAUAUUUCAUAUAAUUCUGUUUUCCGAUUUGUGUGGGAUAAUGAAACGAAAGUUGAAAC